AUGGAGUUAUCAGAUGCAAUUGAGCGCCCUCGUGUAGAUAAUGUGUUUCUCAGAAAGGGUCCUCGACAGCCACAGCCCGGAUCAUUGGCUCUCAUCGGUCAUCAUAUGAUCUUUUCACCUACCGACUCAUCACCCACUUCUCCGAAGGGUAUGACUCGCUCGGAUAAUGAGCUGUGGCUACUUCAUCGUGCUGUCGACCGUGUCAUAGUAGAGCCUGUGAGUCGUGAUAAUAUUACUAGAGGAGGCUAUCUGAUAUUGAAAUGUAAAAAUUUUAUGGUUUGUGUUUUUGAAGUGAACGAUUUCGAAGAUUGUAUGGCUGUGGGACGUUCAAUCGAAAAACUUUCUCGAUUGAGUUGCAUCCAACAAGAGUACCCUUUUUAUUAUCGUUGUCCGUUCACGGUUCUGGAUAAUGGAUGGACCGCAUUUGAUACUGAACAAGAAUUUGCAAGGCUGGUCGUUUGUUGCAAAGAAGGGUGGCGGAUUAGUUCAGUGAAUAAAGGAUUUCGGGUUUGUGGUUCAUAUCCGGAAAUGGUGAUUGUCCCAAAAGGUAUUGGUGAUGAUUACUUACGAAUAUCAGCUACGUUCCGUGAAGGCGGUCGAUUCCCAGUAUUGAGUUAUUAUCAUCAAGAAACAAAAGCUUCAAUAGUGCGUUGCGGUCAGCCGUUGAUCGGUCCAGCGAACCGCCGUUGUAAAGAAGAUGAAACGAUUUUGAAGGCACUUCUUUCGUCGACAAGUAAAGGGGUUAUUAUCGAUACGCGAAGUAAGCAAUUAGCACAGAACGCUAAAAGUAAAGGUGGUGGAUGUGAACCACUCAUAAAUUAUUCACAAUGGAAAUACGUUCAUAGUGUGGUACCGCGUUGCCGAGAAUUUCGUGAUGCCUUGAAGAAAUUAGUUGAGCUGUGUAGCGAAGUGAAUCCGUCGUGUGAUCGUUGGUUAUCGAAACUGUGCGCAAGCGGGUGGAUGCAAGCAAUAGCUUCAACUCUAACUGCAUCAGCAACAGUUGCUCAAUGCGUGCAUUGUGAAGGUAGUGCUGCAGAGGUGCCGAUAGUGGUUCAUGGUGCUGAAGGCACAGAUGCAACUUUAUUGGUGACAUCACUUUCGCAACUUCUACUUGACUCAGAUGCACGCACAAUUCGUGGUUUUGAAUCGUUAAUCGAACGUGAAUGGAUCACAGCUGGACAUCCAUUUUCAACACGGUGCGCACAUUCUGCGUAUGAUAACGGUUUAGCGACAUCGCCAACUAGUGAUGCACCAAUAUUUUUGUGUUUUUUGGAUUGUGUCUGGCAGAUUUAUCAGCAGUUUCCAUGCUCAUUCGAGUUCACAGAAGAAUUUUUGAUAUUCCUUUUUGAGCAUGCUUACGCCUCAGAAUUCGGUUCAUUCCUUGAUAAAUAUCAAAUGGAAGUUAAAAAACGAACGGUUUCGUUAUGGUCUUAUGUAAAUAAUCCCGAGAUUUUACGGACGUUUGUGAACGCUCUCUAUGAGCCAAAUGAUUCAGUUUUAUGGCCUUCUGUUGCACCUCAAAGUAUUAUGUUUUGGGAACGUUUAUUUCUUCGUUGGGUGCGUGACUGGAAACAAACCGAUGGUGUUAAGCAAACAAUAAUGAGGUGGAAGAAUCGCGAGAAGGAAUUACAGUCUAAAGUUUUAGUACUUAGACGGCAAUUAAUUGAACUAUCAAAAGAAGCUCACUUACAAAACGCAAAUGCAGCCACCUAG